GCGCCAUCGAGCCAUACCGGAUCUCUUCCUCCACCAUCAUGGCCACCACCGCUACCCCCGGGACUGAUGAUACGCGCCAGCGCUCCGCGUCGCAUUCUCGCACGCGAUCCGGCGCAAUUCCUUCGCGACCCACGACACCCCUCCGUCCACCAUCUCGCACCUCUCUCCGAGCUUCCCAAUCAACACCUACCGCAGGCUCCAACCUCGGCACGGAUUCCCACCCACUUUCGACACUCGAGCCAUCCUUUGGCGAGCUCUCAGACGCUAUGGCCGACCUAGAAGCCAACAUGAUGCAUCUCCAACUGCUCAAUGACAGCAUCAGCCGCUUUAACGAAAACUUCGGUGCCUUCCUCUACGGCAUGAAUAUGACUGCGUUCUGCGUAGAUUUUCCUGAAGCUCCGAUUCCGCAAAGUUAUACGCGACACAAGGGCGAUUAUAAUCCAUUGGAUGACUCGCCGUUUCGUUUGGAUGUUGCUGGACAGGGUGCUGGCACGGGAAGAAGGGAAGGUGAUAUAGAGGCGACGUUCAUGACGAGUGAUACAAGUGGCUUCGUGGAGAAUCCCGAACCGAGUACGAUCAAGAAGAGUGCGGCAAGUAGUAGCAAAUUCAGCUCUGUGCCGGGGAGUAUGAGUAGGCCAGGGCAGUUCAACCCACGAGGGAGAGGGGCGAACGCGGGUGCCGGGAGGGGAGGUGCUGUUGGUAGAGGCACUGCUGCCGCGGGACGGGCUCGUGGAAGUGGUAUUGCUAGAGGUGCAAGCACAGGGCGAGGGGGUGUUGGCGGAACGAGGGGCAGCGGCAUCGCGAGAGGCGUGGGCAGAGGCAGGGGUGCCAAGUGAUGACAGUCUUAUGAAGAUUGAGGAAUAUCGUCGAACAGGUCUCGCACAUCACUCAAAGUCGCCAUGCACAGCAGGCGACUCUGGACUUGGGCGCUCACAAGGCAAGCGUGGAGCUCACGUUCUGCGGCAACUCAGCUUCGUCUCCUGGACAGUGGGAGAGCGCAAAAGACAAAUGUUAUGAACACCCGAA